AUGGGUCUCUUCUCGUGGUUUAGUAAGAAACCGUCCGAGAAUUACGAGGAGAUUCUUGCCAAUCUAUCCAUGGAAAUCUCUUCCAGGCAAACACGCCUGACCGAAAUCGUCCUUCGUGAACGACGUUCAACCCUCUGGGCAACUUUGUACACUUUAGCAGGAUGGACUGUGUAUUCUUUCAUUUGGCACCUUGAUCUCGUCCCGAAUUUCUUCAAGGAGCGAACCAGGAGUAAUAUGGAGAUUGAGCGUAUUGCUCAAAUGGCUCCAGUCGUCAUUGGGCCACUAAUAGCUCUCUUUCUCAGAAGAAUAAUACAAUUGUGGUACAGACAAAAGGGUGCAGGGGAGGAGAAAACGCUUAAGAAGCUUCUCACCCAACAGCGCACCAUCAUUGAGGACCUAAAGAAGAAGACGAACUAUUAUUCGACGCGCAACCUUAUUGAGCGUUAUGACUUGAGUCCGGCUGCACCCCAGACCCCUCAGGGAUCUCGGGGACCUGAGGGGAGCACAGAGACCCAGCUCCGUCGGCGAGCGUUGCAGAAUCAAAGCGGAGGAUUAGGACCUAACCCUCCUUCAACACCCUCCAGGGGACCCAUGCCUGGCGUCAACGUCAACGGUGCACCCACGGGGUCACGGGGGUCCCCGUUCGUCGCCACACCACCGCAACCACCGCGACGCAUGUGGCUCGAUAAAGUAGCUGAUGCUCUUCUGGGGGACGAGAAUUCUACCCCUGGGCUUGAUCCAGCCAAGUCGAAGUAUGCGCUUGUUUGCCGAAAGUGUUCAACACAUAACGGUUUGGUAGUGGAGAGUCUUUGGGAAGACACCCAGUAUAUAUGCCCGAAGUGUGGUCAUUUUAACCCUGCGCCCCGCUCCAAGCGUCGGCAGUCUUCUCUCCCCAAACCCCCUAAUCGCCUCGCACAGCCCGAUUUCCUCUCAGCGUCUAGUCUGCAUGAUGACGAUGACGAAAGAUUGUCACAAAGCUCAAGAUCCAUUUCACGGGAGAGGUCAUCGAGGGAAAUGGAAAGAGGUGAAGUUGGUGAUCCAGAUAAAACUCAAGAUAGUGUCGCGAGUUCCAUGGAUGUAGAUCGAUAGGGCGAUACAUCAGGCUAUUAAUCAUUGCUCUCUGAAUUCUGCAUGGCCAAAUCAUGCUCUGUUCUUCCCCGGGGGCAACUUCCGGCUCACUUUGCUUGCUUGUCCAGUGUAUACGCAACAUUUCGAAGCGCUCCAUUCCGAGUAUAAUCCGACUGUACGACAGCAACACAUAAAUAUAUAGUUUGUACUAAGGGUAUCAAGGAGAUCUGGCAAUUAUGUAAAUGAAGAUGCAAUAUUGCGAUAUU